GGGCAAAGCAUGUAGCACACCAGCCCGCGCCAGACUGAGUGUCGACCCAUCCCUUGGAUGUACGUAUAAAUAUUCUUCUGGCCGGGAUGCUCUUCUGUUCGAGGUUUAUCAUACUUUUCUCUAAGUUUUGCUACCUAGGUCGCUUGGCUACCCCUUCCUCAUCUUGAUCCCUGAACCAUCAUAUCGUUGUGCGACGGCGAGGCAAAGACAAAAUGGCAGCUCCCAGUAAUCAAGCAGCAUGGAUCAAUGAAAAGAACGCCAAACCCCUCGAAGUCAAAGAAGCUCCCUACACAAAACCAGCUGCCAACGAACUAGUAAUCAAGAAUGCCGCCGUCGCCAUCAACCCUAUGGACUGGAUGCUCCAGGAAACCGGCCACCUCGCAUUCACCUGGAUCAAAUACCCUUUCGUGCUUGGUGCCGAUAUAGCUGGAGAAGUAGUCGAAGUGGGCAGUGAAGUGACACGAUUCAAAGUCGGGGACCGCGUCCUCGCUAUGGGCUGUGGAUCGGAUCAGGAUCGAAACAGGGCCGCCGAGGGCGCUUUCCAGAAAUAUGCUGUUGUGUUGGAGAAUUUUACCUCGCCUAUUCCAUCUACUUUGUCAUUUCCGGAUGCCGCUGUCUUGCCUCUUGGCGUGUCUACUGCUGCAGCAGGACUUUUCCAGAAGAAUUUCCUUAAUUUGCAGUUACCCACUGUACCGCCACAGGCACCAACUGGUCAAACUCUUUUGAUCUGGGGAGGAUCAACGAGCGUGGGUAGCAAUGCAAUUCAGCUUGCUGCAGCUGCCGGCUAUGAAGUAUACACCACGGCUUCACCCAAGAAUUUUGACUACGUCAAGAAGCUUGGUGCGUCGCAAGUAUUCGAUUACAAUUCCAAGACCAUCGUCAAGGAUCUGGUUGCAGCCCUAAAAGAUAAGACUGUGGCCGGUGCUUACGCUAUCGGAGUUGGCUCUCUAUCCCUCUGUGUGGACGUCAUCAGCAAGACCAAAGGCGUGAAAUUUGUCACCGACGUGGGAUCAACCGAUAUCCCCAAGGACAAGAAACUAGCCGGAUUCAUACUCAUCCCAUUCUUGCUCGGCACAAUGAGCCGCGGUGCAGCAUUAUGGGUGAAGACAAGACGCACCGGCGUUCGUACAAAGUUUGUCUAUGCAAGUGACAUUAAGAAGACCUCGUUGGCUAAAUCUAUUUAUGCGGAUUUCCUUCCUCAGGCUCUGGCUGAGGGCCGUUAUCUUGCGGCUCCGGAACCACAAAUUGUCGGUCAUGGGUUGGAGAAUGUACAGGAAGGAUUUGGGUUGUUGAGGAAGGGGGUUUCGGCUCAGAAACUGGUUGUCACAUUAUAGAACACCAUUUCCUCACCGUACACCACCGGCGAUACCUAGAGAGAAGUCACUUCCUCUCUUCGUAGUUUACUUCUUGUAAGCCUGAUUUGUCAGGAUUUCCAGUGAUUGUUAUAUUUAGAUUAGUACUAAUAUUCAAUAUACCCCUUUGUUAUUCCG